GUAUUCAAUUGCCAAGCCCCAGACACCGGUAACAUGGAGGUCUUGAUCAAAUAUGGAAGUUCAGAGCAAAAGGAAAAAUGGCUAAUGCCGCUAUUGAAUGGAGAAAUCAAGAGCUGCUUUGCAAUGACCGAACCAGACGUUGCCAGUAGCGAUGCUACUAAUAUUAGGGGUUCUAUAGUUCGUGAUGGAGAUGAGUAUAUCGUAAACGCGAGAAAAUGGUACACGAGUAAUGCUGCCCAUCCUUUGUGUAAAUUUUGCAUAUUUAUGGGUCAAGUAGCUGGUGGAAAGGCCUCCAGACUUCAGCGCCAUUCAAUGGUUCUCAUUCCCAUGGAUCAGAACGGUGUGGAAAUAAUCAGAAACCUAACCGUUCUGGGUAGUGAUGAUGCACCAGCGGGUCAUUGUGAAAUCCUGUUCACGAAUGUUCGCAUUCCGAUAGAAAACAUCAUCUUAGGCGAAGGACGGGGUUUCGAAAUUGCUCAGGGAAGAUUAGGCCCUGGAAGAAUCCACCACGCUAUGCGCUUGAUUGGACAUGCCGAGCGAGCUAUAGAUAUCAUGAAGGAAAGGACGUCAAAUCGCAUUGCUUUCCAAAAAUAUCUCAAGGAUUUCGAUUCGAUAAGAAAGCAGAUAGCUAUGUCACGGUGAGCAGAAAUUGGGAAUAAGAGGGAGUUUGCCAUGUGGCGUAAAGCGGCAGUUGGAGAAAUUGAUUGA